AUGAUCUUAAAUCAAAAUAUUCAAAAAAAAGCUUAUUCGUCUGACUAUAUUUCAAAAAAUAUGUUGGACGAAGACUUUUUGAAUGUAUUUCAACAGUUUAGACUCUUUCAAGUCGUGCUUGGUUCCUGCCGUAUUGACGCUCGCUACAGAUUCGUGACUACACCUUCACUAUACCAAAAAUUAUACACUGUAGUCAUCAUUACAUUAGUAUUUAUUUCGUAUUCAGGAAUGAUAUGUUACGCAUACAAAAGAUAUGAAAACAUGAACUAUUUCUACGCUUUCACUUCGAUGAACACAAUCGCCCACUUUAUUUUCUACUUUAGCAGCAUUUUUCAGUCGAGAUUCUACUGUAAUAAAGAAAAUGUGAAGUUUUAUGUCAAAUUAUCACAAGUUGAUAAAUUAAUAAAAGUCCAUUACAACAAAAUAAUAUCAAACGUCAUCAAGAGAAUGAAUUGGAUUACACUGUUAGCAUUGUUCUUAGUCAUAUGUUUUAUAGUUGGUACCGUUUGUGUCACGAAAAAUCCAUAUUUACUCAUACCAGUGACAGUUUUAUUGAUUACCCAUAGUACUGUGCUCACGGAAAUUAAUUUCAGUGCAAAUCUCAUCGUAUAUUUGGGUUUACAUAUUCAAGUCAUAAGUAAUAUGAUGAAACGGCAUAUAGAAACCGUUGAAACUAAUUUGGCCGUGGAGGAAUUUUCAGUCUUUAAGAAACAUUUUUUAAAAGCAGUGGGGACCAAGACUUGUAAUUUGAAUGAGUUUGGUUUAGACGAUUAUCUUAAAAGGAUAUUUACUGCAUUUUCAAAUUUCCAGAAUGUUUAUAAAUUUCAAAUAUUUUUGUUCACAAGUAAAGUUGUGUUAUUCGUGGUUCUAACGUUUGAGUAUGUUCUCCUUACCGUUCAAACUAAUGGUCCUGAUCGCCUAGGCUUAUUAAUUUUAGUAACACUGACCUUAACAGAUACGAUUGGGUUACUCAUUCUCUGUCUCUGCUAUGAGGCCUUUGAGAGAGAUAUAAGGGAAGUCAAAUUGGUAUCCAUUAAAGCGAUGUCUAUCUGCCACACUGGGCCUCUACGAGACAAAGCUAAAAUAAUUUAUAGAACAGUUGAAGAUACAUUCCCUCACUUUUCAGUUUAUGACAUGUGGGAACUAGAUGCCAGACUAUUCAUUAGGGUAUGCAACGUGGUCACUGGAUUCUUUGUUACGUUUCUUCAAUUAACAUAUCUGUAAA